AUGGUCUUCUUCGCCCCGCAUGACAAUAUCCCGACCCUCACAUGCUAUCUCCUCACUGAAGCCUCCGGCGAUGAACUCCAAGCCUUCAAAUCUGCCUUUGAACUAGGCAACCACGCAGCCUUCAGUCCCGUCCUCCACAUCAAGAUCGUCCGCCCACCGGACGACUAUCUAGGGAAAUCUCACGAGUACAUCCGCAAGAAGGAAGAUGAAGCCGGCCGCAAGGGCAAAUUCCUCAUCCUUGACAAAAGGGCCAUUGAAAACAACGCCGUCUGGUACAUUUCUCACUUCGCCGACGCCGAGCGUGUGCAAUGGAAAGAGGCUGAGAAUACGAAUGUUCUCUGGAAGAUCCUCGUCAAAGCCGACAAGCUGGCCAUGGUGUAUGCAAACUACAGCAUCGGCAACACGUCUCUCCAAGAAGACCUGGGUAAUUGCGGCGUGGAUUUCCCCGUCAAAGAAGGGUUUGAGCAGUCCAAAGUGUUUGACUACAACUUGGACAUGCACAAAGAACAGUACCGCCAGCCCGUCUGGAUCAGAGCCGAGCCUGGAGAAUACGAGAUCAACAAAGGCGGCGAACAGCUUGGGGACUACAUUGCGCCGCCGAAUUCGUAUGCCAGGCUGAAGGAUGGAGUGGCAGAGGCUGUCGGGGUGGUCAAUGACUGGACAACGUAUUAUCCUUCGGGGCCGUUUCCCUUCCGUGACGGGACCAAGAAGGAGUUUCCUGAGGGGACCAUGGUUCUUCAGUUGAAGUGGGAUCCUGACUUUCCGUGGCCGCCUUACAAGUGGCCUGAGGGGUCGCUGUGA